UUUGAGGUUAUGACACCAAAGGGAGAAAAUAUCAAGACAAGUAACGUUAAAAGGAACAUGUCGCUAUUUACAUAUCUCUUCUACAUCGAUUAUAUACGUACUCUUACACGAAGAACGUUUAUUUAUUCAUAUAAAACCGAUAUUUUAUAAUUUUUAACCGACAGUGACAUAUCUUUGACAUUUGAGAAUUUUUUUUAGACAUUUGAAGCUAAAGGAGACCACACACCUGCUGCUUAUCUUCGUCGUCUUCUUGUAACUUGUAAUGUCAAAAAAGUGGCAAUUUGAAAGUGUCAAAUGUAAAAUUCCAUUAUUUCAUGGCAAGAAAAAAAUUAAAGCAGAAAAAGAAGAAUAAACCGAAAAAAUCCAGUUUUCUCAACUGUUUUAUUUGUUUAACAAAAAACGAUGAGUCUGAUGAUUCGACAAGUUUGCGUAGCAGUUCUAAAACUACCAAAGUUCCGAAACAUGCCUCAAAGCAACUUCAGUCUACAUCUAAAAUGUUGACUGCUCAACACGAAGUUUCUGUUACAUAUCGGACGUCUUCUUUCUUCGUGUUGAAUCCUGAGGCAGAAUUACAAAAUAAAACYCCUAACAAUAACAUGCUUCUAUCCCAGGCAUAUUUAGAGAAGAUACAGAGUGAUUCUAAAGAACCGGAACUUUCUAACAAGCUUUCCAGUGUGGAAGAUCGAGAGCAAAAAGAUCAACUUGUGAAAACAAUAUUGAGCAAAUAUCUUCAAAUAAAAAGACAAGAAAUGUUAAACCGAGAACAAGACAACACUCAGCAUCUUUCUAAACAUCCUCCAUCACCAAAAAAUAUCCAAAAAUUUGAUUGUUUAACAGUGGACUGUGCAAGCYACAGUGCGGAAACCGUUCUUCUUGACAACGACACUGAUCGUGAAGAAAGACCAAAAGUAGAUUUUCCAACAAAGAGUAAAAGCGCUCCAACCACAAGCACAGCUCAUGACAGUCUGGCUGAUAUUUGUUUUAAAAUGAGUCGCUACAAGCAACAAGACAACAAAUCAGAUAGUUAUGUGACUUGUUGUAGUGAAGACAAUAUGACUCCUCACAACAGAAAGAAAUUAGAGUUGAUUUUUAAUCAUUCUUCUGACGAAUUUUUCUCUGUUGAAGAUUCACGUUUUUCUAUAGACUAUGCAAUUAGUUGUGAGGGCACACCUGUUACUACAGGUACUCUCAAAGCAGAUAAUAUAUUGCAAAAUAAUCAAGGAGAAAGGKGGUAUGAAGAGAUGACGACGUGUAAAACAUCAACUCUGCAAGAGCUGCAUCUUAAACCGACACCUAAUGGUGAAGCAGAUGAUGUGAAUAAAUCUUCUACAUCGCUCAAAUGGAAAUUAAUUAUAUCACAUCAUGGCGAUGAAACAUAAAUAAAAAAUUGAC